AUGUUCCUCAGUGGAUCAAAGCGGAGGUGCCGGAAACCAGUCAAGUCACGACUUAGCUUCACCAGCCAAGUCGACAUCAAAUUCAUCAUUCAUCACUUAACUCACAUCCGGCCUCGAGUCGUCCGCCGAUCCUCCGGUGGCAUUGCAGGGCGUCGGAGUCCCGUCCCGAUGGCGCAUUCACCGGGGAGUGACGGUGCAGCGGAGGAAUUGCACUCGCAAUUCGCCUGUCUCCGCCGCGAGUUGAUGGAACUCCUGGACCGAAAGGAAGAGAAGAUCCAGCAACUCAUUGACACGAUUCCAUCGCAUGCUCUGCCGGUAGCGACUCCACCGGUAGCGAACGCUGACGUUAGAGACUUCUCCGGUAUGCCACCACGACAGGAAAGCGCUCAGUCGGACGCUUCAGUGCCAGAGUUUCUCAAGCCAAAGGAUGGGCAGGAGAGGUUUUCAUUUGAGAGUGAGGCUGAGAAAACGAAGUUUGCUUCGAAAGCCACCUCUGGGCGGACCUUUAGGCAAGAGAAGGGUUUGCGGAAGUACAUUCAGAAGGGCACCCACCUGGGCCUCUUUGUGGACUCUACCGGCUGCAGACCGAUACUAGAGAAGGCUAUCUCAAAGGUAGAAUAUUUGCAGAAACUUCAUGAACCGCCUCGCACCAACUGUUUGGCGCGGAUGGUGGAUUCGUCCACCUUUCAGUUCGUUUGCACCGUCGUGAUCCUCGCGAACUGCUUGACCUUGCUCUUCUCGGCGAACUGGGCGAUGGAACAUCUCAGCUUCGACGUCCCGCAAUAUUUUCGAGUCUUAGACCUGUCCUUCACAAGUUUCUAUGUCAUUGAGUUGAUUUUGAAGUUGAUCGUCCACAGGCAAUACUUCUUCUGGCAUCAUGACUGGAGAUGGAAUGUAUUUGAUUUUGUGUUGGUCAUUUUAGCAGUGCAAGAGCAAGUUCUCGAGUACAUGGCAUCUCAGAACGUCACACGCAUCUCAUACAUGCGAUCCCUUCGAUUAGUUCGAGUCUCGCGCGUGUUACGUUUGCUGCGAGCCAUCCGAGUGAUUCGCGAACUUCGGAUGAUGGUCUUCUCAAUUAUGAGUUCACUCAAUGCGCUGUUUUGGUGCCUGGUCUUGGUGUCGUUGGUGAUUUGCGUCUUUUCCCUGUUCUUCUUGCAGAUUUCCACGGAUUAUUUGAUCUUGGAGCAAGAGAACAUCGCGGAGGACAUCUUCAAUGAUUUCCAGAAAUACUUCGGUUCUCUGGACAAAACGAUGCAAACCUUAUACUUAGCCACCACCGGGGGAUUCGACUGGCAGUAUGCCCUGGAUCUCAUUGGCCGAGCACAACAAGGAGGCACUUGGGCAUUCCUGUUCUACAUUGCGUUCUUCAACUUUGCGGUAUUUAAUGUCUUGACGGGUAUGUUCGUUGAUCAUGCUAUGAAAUGGUCGCAGAGUGACAACCAGAAUCAGAUUGCUGAGAGAAGGAGCCAAGAACAACAUGAUGCUGCAAGAUUGAAGCGGCUUUGCGAAGCCAUUGAUGUGGCAAAAAGUGGCAGGAUAUCUUGGGAUGACUUUGAGCACUACGUCUCGAAUGAGUCUGCACUAAUCUACCUGGCUUCCUUGGGGCUGGAGAUUCACGAUGCAAAGACCUUCUUCGACAUGUUGAUCGGUGUCUCAGACGACAAAUACGUGGACAUCGACACCUUUGUCAAGGGCUGCAUGCGAAUGAAGGGUCCAGCCACCAGCAUUGAUAUGCUCUCGAUGGGCUACGAGGUCACUUUGAUCCAUCGGCAGAACCGCCGCUUCGAGAAGGCCCUCGAUGAGUUGGGCGCAUGGCAGCGUAAAGCGCAGCCCAUGAUCGAUUUUUGCUCCAAUGUCCUGAGCAUAUGA